AUGCGACUCUUGCGGUGCGAUACCGAGGAACUUACAUUGCAGACCUUCAAUGACGACAGCCAGGUGCCGCGAUAUGCUAUCUUAUCGCACACAUGGCUGGCCGAGCAGGAAGAGGUCACUUUCUUUGACCUUCACGACCACGAGAAAGCAAAGCUCAAGCUUGGUUGGUCGAAACUGGAUCAUUCUCGCCGACGAGCACGUGAAGAUGGCUACCUCUUUGUCUGGAUUGACACAUGCUGCAUAGACAAGGGGAGCAGCGCUGAACUAGCUGAAGCCAUAAAUUCGAUGUUCCGUUGGUACAAGAAUGCGAAAAUCUGCUAUGUCUACCCUGCAAACUUCUGUGGCGUCGUCUCUGUAGUAUCGAACCUAUCAGAAGAGCUUAUCCUGAAGGACAACUUCAUCUCUGCUUUGCAGGAGUUACUGGCACCUGUCAGACUGCACUUCUAUGACAUGGAUUGGAAGUGCAUUGGAGUAGUGCAUCGGCACAACACGCAAUAUUGCAGGCAAUCAGACUGCAGAGAAUGCAGCCAUGCGGAGGAUAUCGACGGGUUUGUAGGCAAGAUCAGUGAAAUUACUGGCAUCGGGAGAGCCGCGCUCCUAGGACUUUCUCGACUUGAUCGUUACAGUAUAGCACAACGCAUGUGUUGGGCGAACAGGAAGACGACCCGCGCAGAAGAUCGAGCAUACUCACUGCUUGGCAUAUUCGACAUCAACAUGCCUGUCAUCUACGGAGAAGGACACAAAGCUUUCCAGCGACUACAGCAUGAGAUACUGCGGGCGCACUCCGACCAGUCUCUAUUUGCUUGGCAUGCCAUGCAGCAUAGCGACGUGAAUUUGUCAUUCCAGGACACUCGCAUACUACUGGCUCCGUCGCAUUUGUACUUCAGAAACUCGAAUGAGAUCGUGCCGUUGGCCUACAAGCGCAGCCGUUCUUACGAGCCAAUCAGUGUAGGCAUCAGGAUGACACUGCCCGUCAUGCGACAGGAGGGUAAUCUUCGCGGUAUCUUACAUUGUGCGCUCGAGGAUGACAGGACUAAAGCGAUUGCUCUUAACAUAAGUCUCAAGGACGAUGAGCAAGAAGCCUUCCUUAUUCGUGACUAUCAACGGAUUUAA